CCGACUUGCAGAUCCAACUAGUACAGCAGCAGGACCACCUCCAACAAAGAACGACAAGCUCAUGUGGGGACUCAAAAACUACAUCAGUCAGCGACCAGAGGGCGAAGACAGUACUUCAAUUGAACGACAUCAAGCUGCUAUGAAGGUGGAACUCGCGAAGAGAAACCCAGACCGGAGUCGUGUUGAUCGCCAGAUGGCACUGACAUUUGCUGACCGCAGGGAAUUCAUCAUCAAAGGCAAUCCACUGAUGGCUGACAUCAAGGCAGGUUUUCCUGCACUUCUUGCAGGGGGAAGCGAGGUUCUAAAGGAGUUUAAGCGGAUUUCAACAGAAGACCUGGGGAGGAAACUUGCAACUGGUUUGAAGCGGUACCAUGAUCGGCUUUUCUGUCUCGCAAAGAAGCAAGAUCACACUGUCAUCAAGAAGCUGAUUGAAUUGGCAUCACUUGAAACAACUGAAGAAAAUCGUAGGGAAAAGGCAUACUGUGCUUCCAUUGCUGUGGUGCCAUUACUACUGAAGAAGAAGCUGGAUCAUCUGCUGACUCAACAGGUACAUGUAAGAUUAUGCAAUGAUUAAACGUUGAAAGUGUUUAGACCCAUAAACAUGUGGUGAAAUUUUCAAAUUCAAUGCAUUGUUUUGGAACUGAUUCAAAUUGAGUGACAUGCUCAUAUCUUCACCACCUCAUCUCACUUGCAUGGUAAGUACUGUGAAUGUCUGCAUAUUCACUUGUAGCUUCAUACAUUAGUACUUAACCUGCAGGUGAAAUUGAAGAAAUGUUGA